CAUUUUGUUUGAAGGCUCCAGAGACCACCACCUGGUUGGAACAAUUCUCCUUGGCUUAAAAAUAUACCUUUUCAACAUCAUGAAGCUUCUUUCUCUCUACAUUUUUGCUCUCCUGGCACCUACAGAAAAGCCCACAGAUCUCACCUGUCAUGACUCUACAACACAAUCUAAGACUUGUAUCGGGACCAAAUGCUAUUCACAAAAUGAAGAAAAUACCAUUGUAGGUGACUCAAGUAAACCAUACAGCUUACAAAGCUGCCUUCCAUCAUGCAAAGAACUCAACAUAAAAUUCACAUUUGGAGAAGGCAAAUAUUUCAGGACGGCUACCAAAUGCUGUGAGACAGACAACUGCAAUACUGUUCCUGAAGUACCUAGCGGAGACACGAAAACCAGCAAUUUGGAGUGCCCCGCCUGUUUUAAUUUCUCUUCCACCCCCUGUGAGGCCACAGUGAUCAAAUGUCCUGAAAAAGAGGACCAAUGCGUGAACAUUACUGGGAUAUUUACUGAAGGUUCUGAAAAAAAAUUGUUCUAUGGUAGAGGUUGUACCACACUCUCAGAUAAGAAGAUUGCUCUCGGUCAAACUAUAUACACAAGUGCAACCUCCUGGCUUCAAAUUUAUGACACCAAUGUGGAGAAAGCUACAGAUAGUUCGUGGUCAGUUCAAGGAAGCUUCAUGGUUACCCUCCUUCUGUCUGGUCUUAUUGGAAUCCAGCCGACCAACAUCCUUUAUUGA